GGAGGGCCGACAGCUGAACAGUGGCUGCUUUCCUAGCUGAAGUUGGCUGCCACGUAUUUGGCGUUCCUGCCAUGAAUUUAUUUUAGGUACAGUUUGGGUGUUCAGUUAGCUUUUUGUCAAAUUUGUGAGCAAGUUAGCUAUUGGCAAUCAAAAUGAUUCUUUUUUCUAUUUUUUCGAUAUUCCCUUCAUUGUUUGUGUUUGUCACUGGGGGGAAACUGCCCGAACCAGAAGUGAAAAUUGAAGUUAUUCAUAAACCCUUAAUGUGUUACCGCAAGUCAAAAUAUGGAGACAUGCUUCUUGUUCAUUACGAGGGAUUCUUGGAGAAUGGGACCAUGUUUCAUUCCAGCCACAGACAUGGGGAUAACAACCCAGUAUGGUUCACUCUUGGGAUCCGAGAGGUGCUCAAAGGUUGGGAUAAGGGUCUGCAGAACAUGUGCACAGGAGAGCGCAGAAAGCUGAUCAUUCCUUCAUCUCUGGCAUAUGGCAAGGAAGGAAAAGGAAAGAUCCCUCCAGGCAGUACUCUCAUCUUUGACAUUGAGCUCAUGGAGAUUCGAAAUGGUCCCAGGUCACACGACUCUUUCCGGGAGAUGGAUCUUAAUGAUGACUGGAAGCUCUCCAGAAAUGAGGUAAAAGAGUACCUGAAGAAGGAAUUUGAGAAACAUGGAUACUCACCUAAUGACACACAUCAUGAAGUUAUGGUAGAUGACAUCUUUAAAAAUGAGGAUGAAGAUAAAGAUGGUUUUAUAUCUGCAAGAGAAUUCACCUACCAACACGAUGAGCUCUAAAGGACUGAUUUUAACUACUGUUUCUUCAAACUACCAGGGUGCCUCUUUUCUGAUUUUCCUCCUAAAACAGCCACAAGACUUGAAGAACUGUGAGUUAGUUACUGGGCUGUUUUAUAUGGACCUCUUCCAAGAUUUUUUUUUACACUUAAGUAUUGCCUUAUUUUUGGUUGAACUUGAAUACAUCAGCUCCUUUUUUGUCAUUUUAUUUAAAAUGAUAUCCCUAAUAUAUUUGUUUCCAUUGUACAGUACAUGCACUGAUGUCACCAUGGAUGUAUUGAGGCUACAGUAUUGGAUUUUUUAUUCUUUAAAGUAAUAAACAGAACUUUUUUGCUAUCUCAACAAUCAAUGUGCUUAAAAAUGAAUACAUGUGUGUGCUCUCUGCAAUGGGGUGAUGUUA